AUGGGUCAGUCAGCCACACUGCCCAGUAGAAAAGGUGGCACCUACAUCACGGAGCUCUACGAAUGGUUCAGGAAGUUCAUGAAUGAGUGUCCGAGUGGUCUGAUCACCCUGCACGAGUUCAGGAGACACUUCUGCGACGGCACGGUGGGGGCAGAGUCAGCGGAGUAUGCAGAGCAGAUCUUCCGCACGCUGGACAACAAUGGGGAUGGUGUGGUUGACUUCAGGGAGUACGUGACUGCCAUCAGUAUGUUGACGGAGGGCUCGUCAGUGGAGAAGCUGCGAUGGUCUUUUAAGUUGUACGACAAAGACAAGGACGGAGCCAUUACAAGAGGAGAGAUGUUGGAGAUUAUGCAGGCUGUUUACAAGAUGAGCGUGGCAGCCUCCAUCACCAAGCCCAACCCCCUCACGGCAGAGGAGUGCACCAACAGGAUCUUUGUGCGCCUUGACAAAGACAACAAUGCUAUCAUCAGCAUGGAAGAGUUUAUUGAGGGUGCCCUGGGUGACGAGUGGAUCAGGGAGAUGCUGGAAUGUGACCCCAACACGGUGAAGGUGGAGAGGCCGCCCAAACGCUCUCUGCACGACCUACAUCCAGCUGCCACAGCACUGGAGGUCAUGCGCCGCCCCUCUGAAAGCAAUUAA